AUGUAUAUGUACAAACACGCAUUGAACAUUUCAGCUGAGAUCGAGCUCUUCGUUUGUCGAGAAAUGGCAAGAAGAUUGUCAAUUGGUAAGACCAUUAUUUGCCUUCUUGCAAUCAUUGUCAUAUCACUAGUGCUUGAUACAAAAGCACGAAUGCACAGACGAUAUCAGUUCUUCAAGAUCGCUGUCAAAUGGCCAACAUCAUAUUGUAAUACUGGCCAUUUUUCUUGUCAAGGACCAAUUGUAGUAAAUUUCACAAUCCAUGGUCUCUUUCCAAUGUAUUUUCCUAAUACUAUUGUUCCUCCCUAUGAUGAAGAUAGUGGAUGCACUGAUAUCACACCCAUGAAUGAAGAUGAUAUUGAUCUCGAUUACCUACGAUCGAUACUAGAUGAAAUGAAUAUGUAUUGGCUGGAUGUUGUGUACGACAAUUGGGUGAGAAUGAAUCUAGCACUUUGGCGAAGACAAUUUUGGAGACACGGCAAGUGUUUUGACUAUCCUGAUCAUCCUUUAUACCAUUUCAACAUUGCCUUAGAUUUUAUAAGGAGGGUCAAUCUUCUUCAGAUACUCGACGAUGUCCUAUCAAGUACCAUUAAGUGUGAUGGUCUAGGGAGGAACAAAGCCGUGAGGGCUCGAGCAAGAAUUACUCCUCGCAAUAGAGAAGGAUAUCUUGCAUCCUACAUCGCUGGUAAUAUUAGCAGGGCUGGGAGAAAGAGAGUUCAAAUUCGCUGUAACGAGGACGCACAUAAAGUCUUGCAACUCUUUGAGGUCGUAAUAUGCUUCGAGCCGAAUGGUGUUGCUAUACCUUGCGCACAUGGUUACAUUGACUGCACCGAGAAUGAUAUGAUAAACUUCCCUCUUCCUUAA